AUGGUCGGAGACGAUUCCAACAUCUGCGUCCCGGCCUUCAUGAAGCUGGACGUCAAGAAGCAGUACGGACCGGCGCUGAUCCUUGGGGAGGUCUUCAUGCGACAUUUCUUCACGGUCUUCAGCCGCGGCAGCGGCAACUUAAGUGAGGCGCGGGUCGGUUUCGCUAAAGCCAAGGCAGGUGCCACGCCCAAGGUGCCGGUGAUGAGGCGCAGUCCGAGCAUCUGA